AUGGAUACUAAAAACCAUUCGAGUGAUAGGGCUAGGGCGUACCCCACAGGCGACGCGCAGGGGCAGCACCCGGCUCCUGUGGGAAAUGGACAAGGGUUGUCGCACCGGAACGGGCGGGUGCGACGUAAGAAGCGAGCUCGAAGUGUGAGAGAGUUAAAAUUGAGGUGUGCAAGUUGGAAUGUAGGAACGAUGUCUGGAAGAGGAAGAGAGCUAGCAGAUGUUUUAAAAAGGCGACGGAUAAAUGCAGCGUGCCUGCAAGAGACAAAGUGGAAGGGUGCAAGGGCUAGGGAAAUCGGAGAAGGAUAUAAAUUAUUUUAUUGUGGAAGUGAUGGCAAGAGAAAUGGUGUGGGUAUAGUUUUAGAUAGUAGGUUAAAAGAAUGUGUGGUGGAUAUAAAAAGAGCGAAUGAUAGACUGAUAGCGAUUAAACUGAUUGUGGACGGCAUGACACUGAAUCUACUAAGUGUGUAUGCGCCGCAGUCAGGCUGUGAGGAGAGCGUGAAAGAAAAGUUUUGGGAGGACUUUGAUUGCCUGCUGAUGAAUAUACAGGAUAGCGAGGAAGUCUACGUGGGUGGUGAUUUUAAUGGCCAUGUAGGAAGAGAGAAUGAUGGAUAUGAGAGAGUGCAUGGUGGGUGGGGAUUGGGAAACCGGAACGCUGACGGUGAGACACUUUUACAAGCUGCCUGUGCCUUCGACCUGGCUAUAACAAACACGUGGUUUAAGAAAAAAGAGGAACACCUAAUAACCUACAAGAGUGGCCACCACGCGACACAGAUAGACUACUUCCUAGUGAGGCGGAGGAGUCUAUGCUGUGUCAAAAACUGUAAAGUGCUGCCAGGCGAAGCAUUAGUCGCCCAACAUAGGCUUGUGGUGAUGGAUGUUAAAUUAAGUGUCUCCCCCAGAAACAGCCAAAUACGGCCCCCUCCAAAGACAAGAUGGCGUAUGUUAGAGAAUGAUGAAUGUGCUAGUAGAUUUAGGAACCAUAUAGUGGAGAAAAUUAUAGAAAUGAAUGAGAUGGAAGAGAAAUUGGUAGAUGAUUGUUGGAAUGAGAUGGCCAGGAACAUAAGGAAGGUCGCAAAGGAUGUGUUUGGAGAGUCGAAAGGAAAAGGUCUGAUAGAUAGGGAUACAUGGUGGUGGAAUUUGGAAGUGCAAAAUGUACUGAGAGAGAAGAAAGUGGCAUUUAAAGAAUGGCAGGUUGUAAAAAAUGUGAAUACAAGUUUAAAAGAUGAAAAAAAGGAAGUUUACAAGGAAUUUAAGAGGAGAGCAAAGAAGGCGGUAGCAGUGGCCAGAGCUAAGGCACAAGAAAAGUUUAAUUCGUGUAUUUCCGCUUCCCACACGAGUGGCAGCCAUGUUUGGCGGGACUGUCAAGUCAACGCCAGUUUGGCGCGUAUCAAGCAGGAUGAACAAGAUGCAGGUCGUACUUGUGAAGCUGGGCGUGUGAUCAAGACGCAACGACCUUAUGUUGCCGAGCUUCGUAUGCGGCGCAGCGGAUGUACAGAGACUUCUAGACUGCAUAUAAUUGAAGAUACACUGUUGGUGCCUCCGGCAUCAAUAUUAGUGCCCUACAUCUACCCUGUAGAUCCGAAUUUGUUUGAAGUGAGGCGACAAAUUCGGUUCUAGAGAGGUUUGUGUGGUGCAUGCACUGCGACGUACAAGAUACAAGAAAACGACAUGAACGAUAACGAAGAAUAAAUUGUAUUAUAACCAUUGUGUAAUAAUUCUUGUGUAUAGGCCUUGUUAUAUAAUUAUGGUAUAACGAAGUCUAAUGUUUUAAUUUUAAAUGUAUACAUUUUAUUAAUUUAUAUUUUGCUUCAUAUUUAAUGUUGAAGAUUAAAUUUUUAAUU